AUGGUUGGCACAGCGCUACUCUUUCGAGCAAAUUAUGAGGUGUCUGCAUCGACAGAAUCCCUACGUAACCGUUCAAAAGAACAUUAUCAACUUGGGGUACGAGCAUUGCGUCUCGAAUUGGAGAGCACCUAUCUUUCCCCAUGGGUGAAAAUAGCUGGUCUGGUGGAGCUAAUGAAUUACGAAUACAAUGCAGGCUACCUAUCCGCUUAUUAUCACCACCUUGAUCAAGCUGCUGCUCUUGUUAGGGCUGUCAUGGGGAAUGAAGCAAUAGACUUUACCAAUCUAAGUGGGGAGCAGACAUUUGAUAUCCGCUGUAUUGCUUGGUACGAUAUCUUGAGCAGCAUGGCUCUUGCGAGGCCCACGUUGCUCGAUUACAAAACAGAUACACAGGAACUAUCUAGACUCUCACGAUGGGACAAAGGGGUCGACUCUGAUCAUGGGAUUGAGUGGAUUGUGGGAUGCCCUGACCCACUGAUUGUCCUUGUCGCUCGUGUAUCAGCUCUAAGGCAUGCCCAUAUCUCACCAGAAGAAAAACUCGCUCUUGGGACCGAAAUUGAGCAAUUGGCGCGAAACACCCAGUUUCGUCCGUUGAGGAGCACAAACCCUAGGUUUAGAAUUGCAAGACUGGCUAUGCAAGAGGUCUGCCGUCAUGCAGCUAUCUUGUAUGUUUAUCAUGCGAUAUUCAAGUCGGAUUCGAGUCAUCCAACCGUCCGGGAUUCGGUUAAGACUAUUAUUAAAUUGGCAUCUAUCCUUAAGCCAGGAUUCAACCCUGAUUGCUUCAUCCCCGUCCCAUAUUUUAUUUCUCCCAGGAAGAUGAGCUACGUCGCGAAGGACAAAGAUUACGACGCCACUGGCGCUCCUGUCUCUACUAAGCUCCACAAGAUUCGCAUUACCUUGACCAGCAGCAAUGUUACGAACCUCGAGAAGUUCUCUCGUGACCUCGUCAACCGUGCUAAGGACAAGGACCUCCGCGUCAAGGGCCCAGUCCGCCUUCCUACUAAGGUUUUGAGGAUCACUACCCGCAAAACUCCUUGCGGUGAGGGUUCCAAGACAUGGGACCGUUACGAGCUCAAGAUCCACAAGCGCCUUAUCGACCUUCACUCCUCAUCCGAGAUUGUUAAGCAGAUCACCUCCAUUUCGCUUGAACCCGGUGUCGAGGUCGAGGUUACUAUUGCCAGCAAUUAA